CGCGAAUCGAGCUUGGCCAAAGAUGAUGGCGACGGUUCAAAGAGAAAAAGCAAUUUUAAUAUAUUUCGGGUUGUCAGGCCUGGAUCUAGUGAGAACAGCUCCGAGGCAAUACUGGGAGGCUUUCCCGAAUAAUAACGCAUCCCUUUUCUCCCCCAUCGUCGUCUUAACACCUGGGUUUCUUGUGUUCGAGCCUUAACCGCUCACCUACAGUCAAGAUGAGCUCCGAGUCAAGACUGUAUACGUUCUCGCAAGAGACCAAAGACCACUUGCGCAAGUUUAGAUUGGGUACAUCAAGGGCGAAUUACCCUCAGGCUGUUAUUUACAUGAUCGACAAGAGUACACAUGAGAUUCGCCAGGACGAAGAUAAGACAGUAUACAAGACCUUGGACGAGCUGAGCGAUGACCUUCCAGACCACUCGCCACGUUUUGUGCUACUUAGCUACCCCCUGACACUGCCAUCCGGGCGGAUGUCCGUCCCCUAUGUCAUGCUUUACUACCUUCCCAUCACCUGCAACAGCGAGCUGAGGAUGCUUUAUGCUGGUGCCAAGGAAUUGAUGAGGAACACGAGUGAGGUCGGCAGGAUCAUAGACAUAGAAUCAACCGACGACCUGGAGGAGAUUCCGGAGAAGCUGGGUGCUGCGCCGUGAAACUGCUCUAACUCUUCCGGGCCUCGAGAGUUUCGGUGCUCGGCUUCAGUUGGGGUCGGAAGGGUUCCCUGGAUAUUAUUGACUUUGAGAUGGGUAAGAGAUUUUUGCGACCAUCAAUCUAUACCGAAUUCCCUCAUUGUUUCGGAGGAAGUACAUUAUCGACAGCAAGCCCUAACUCCUCGGCAAGCUCUCGCACCACGUUUUCGACCGAAGCACAGGUCGGACUAUCAGGGAAGCUGUCGAAGAAGCUCUCACCAUAGUCACAAGCCAUACCGAUACUAGGGUCCAAUGGCACAGACCCAAGGAAUCUAAUGCCCAUCUCUUUUGCAAGCG